AUGGGCCACCGUCACUCCCGAGUAAGCGGCGGCACGACCACCUCCCAGCGCACCUCCUAUAAGCCCACUCAAUCCCAUCGCCAGAAGAACAGCACCGUGAUCCAAGUCAGCCACCACGACCUCUGGUCUCCACCUCCCUACACCCCCACCGCACCGGGACCAGCGACCACCUCGCCCAGCAGCACCAGCAGCAAAAGCGACACACCCUACGCCUUCCUGCGCGAGUUCGACACCAUCUUCAUCGUCGACGACAGCUCGAGCAUGCUCGGCCGCCGCUGGAAAGAGGCCGAGGCGGCCAUUGCCGCGAUCGCGCCCAUCUGCACCCAGUACGACCGCGACGGCAUCGACAUCUACUUCCUCAACCACCGGCGCGAGCCGACGGCAGGGGACCCCACGCCCUCGCCAACAGGCGCCUACAACAACAUCACGGAGGCCGCGCACGUGCAGGAGAUCUUCAGCAGCGUGCGGCCGCGCGGCCCCACGCCGUACGGCAAGCGCUUGCUGCAGAUCCUGAACCCGUAUCUGGGGCGCGUGGAGAAGAUGGCUGCCGCGACGGACGAGGACGGGAAUCUGUUGGAUGAGUCGAAGUUCGUGAAGCCGUUGAAUAUCAUUGCGAUCACGGACGGGGUGUUUACGGAUGAUGCGGAGAGUGUCCUGGUUAAUGUGGCGAAGCGGCUGGAUGGGCCGCGGUGUCGAGCGGUGCCGUGGCAGGUGGGCAUUCAGUUCUUUCAGAUUGGGGAUGAUGAAAGCGCGAGACGGUACCUUGAAGAUCUGGAUGAUAAUCUGGGGAAGAUGGCGCAGGAGGAUCACCUACGGGAUAUUGUCGAUACGGUGCCGUGGAAGGGGGACCAGGGGCAAACACUGAGUGCGGAGGGCAUUCUCAAGUGCACGAUCGGUGCGAUCAAUAAGAAGUACGACAAGCGGAAGGCUUUUUGA